GUUUCCAUCGGAGCCUUUGUUUCGCGAGCCAUUCAGUGUUUUCUCGGAAAUGUUUGUCAAAGGGCUGGAAAUUUCUCGGAAAACGAAUGAUGUCAUACUGAGUAGAAUUUCGCUUAGCGAAGCAUUUUUGUUCAACCCUUGGAUGACUCCGAAGUUCGCUCGAUCUUCGAAGGAAAUAUUGAUGUUUCAUGGAAUGAGAAGGUGAAAAAGGCAAGAAUCUUAACCCCUGUGGCUUGAUAAUAUUCCAGACUGCCGAUCGCCGAUCAUAGGCGUAAUUUUAACAUUUUUUAUACGAUCUUGGUUCAAGAUUUCCGCGUUACGUUGAUUGUAUCGGAACUCGUAAAAGUACGGCCGUCUCUUCGGAACAUCGUUCAGGAUAGAAUAAAGCGGCAAUUAUGGCAGAAGAGGAAAGUGAAACAAUCAUCGAAAGGGAAACCGAGCAAGAACAGGAAGAAAAAUUUUUGGCGCGGCCUUAUCAAGUAGAGCUAUUGGAACGAGCCAAGGAAAGAAACACAAUCGUUUGUUUGGGCACGGGAACUGGAAAGACGUUUAUCAGCGUAAUGCUCAUAAAAGAACUUGCUCACGAAGUUAGAGGAACAUACAAGAAAGGGGGGAAAAGAACCUUUUUCCUUGUAAAUACAGUUCCUCUUGCUAGCCAGCAAGCCAAGGCGAUUGAGAAGCACACUGACCUGAAGGUAAAGCAUUAUGUUGGAGAGAUGGGAGUGGAUUUCUGGGACAAACCUACAUGGGAAAGAGAGUUUAACGAAAGCAAUGUGCUAGUCAUGACUGCACAGAUAUUUGUCGACCUCCUGUGCCACGGUUAUGUCCGUCUGUCUCAAGUGAAUCUAUUGAUCUUUGAUGAAUGCCACCAUGCUAAGAAAAAUGAUCCAUACAAGCAAAUAAUGCAGUUCUUUGAUUGCUGCCGGAGAGAGGCACACCCCAAGGUGAUGGGCUUAACUGCAUCCAUAGUGAAUGGAAAAGUAAAACCGUACAAAAUUGAAUCAGAAAUAAGAGAACUGGAAAAAACCCUGAGGUCAACAUGUGAAACAAGUCAUGAUGAAGAUGUUGAGAAAUUUGCCGCUAAACCCAAGGAAGAAGUUUUAACUUUCUCAAAUCGAGCUGUUGACGAUGACACAAACUUAUUGAUAACAAUCCUAACGGAUGUUUUGCGACCAGGCAUUGAUUUUCUUGGUGACUGUCGAGUGUCCGCCAGAGAUGUCUUGGUGAAGAAUGCACAUUGGUAUGCGAAGUUUGCUCUCAGGGAAUGCCAAGACACCUUACAAGAACUGGGUCCUUGGGCUGCUUGCCAAGUGGCAGGAUACCUAAUCAAGGACCUAGACAGAGCAUGCAUGUUUCAAGAUAGCCAACAGGGACGGAUGUUUUGUGAGUUUAGUGCCUCCCAGCUGCGUCAACUACAAGGCGUCUAUCGCAAUUUUACAUCUACCAGCUGCAGUGAUGACUGUGAAGACAAUGGACGAUGCUACAUCAUGCCCAAGCUUCAGAAGCUUUUGAGUGUCUUAAGAGAGUCCAAGUAUUCACUAUCUAAAGACUCUGGUGAAGAGAAUACGCUCUGUGGCAUUGUGUUUGUGGAAAGACGCUACACAGCCCUAGUGCUUAGCAGACAGAUUAACAUUGCUGCCAAACUAGACCCUGAGCUAACAUCCAUCAAAAGCGAUUUUGUGAUUGGUCAUGGAACAGGAGGGAAAGUCAACUACUCCAGUCACACUGAAAUGAAUUUCAAGAAACAGGAAGAGGUGCUCAGAAAGUUCAGAAGACGUGAAUUUAAUCUGCUGAUAGCCACCUCUGUCGUCGAGGAGGGUCUGGACAUUCCCAAGUGUAAUGUAGUUUGCCGUUUUGAUUUCCCGAAGAAUUUUCGUUCCUAUGUUCAGUCUAAAGGCAGAGCUCGUGCGAAAGAUUCUAGAUACUAUAUGCUGGUAGAUGAAAAGUUGAAGAUGGAAGCAAUAGGUGAAUUGGAGAUGCUGCGAGAAAUUGAAAAUACCUUGUUGAGAAUGUGUCAUGAUCGGACUGAACCAACAGAUGAGGAAUGUAACGAGGCAGUGGACACGGACUUCUUACCUGCGUACAUACCUUUGAAGGGGGGAGGAGCCCGGGUUACCAUGAGUAGCAGCAUUUCUCUCUUAUCCAGAUAUUGUUCCAAGCUUCCAGGGGACCAGUUUACCCGUCCCAAACCUGUAUACACAGUGGAGGAAUGUGGAAAAGAUUAUUACACUUGCAAGCUACAAUUGCCCAUUAACUGCCAGCUACGUGAAACCAUCUUGGUAUGUUGUAAAGGUCUUUGUCUUUUUCUUUGCACCAUGAAAGCAAUUGAAAAAGGCACAGCUGUUUUCAUUUUAACUUGCAAUUUUAUUGUGGAUUCUGUUUUUUCACUAGCCUCCCUGUUAUCCCUUUAUUUGCUGAGCAUUUACAAUUUUUUUCCAAACUUUCUUCUUCAGAUGCUGCGAGAAAUUGAAAAUACCUUGUUGAGAAUGUGUCAUGAUCGGACUGAACCAACAGAUGAGGAAUGUAACGAGGCAGUGGACACGGACUUCUUACCUGCGUACAUACCUUUGAAGGGGGGAGGAGCCCGGGUUACCAUGAGUAGCAGCAUUUCUCUCUUAUCCAGAUAUUGUUCCAAGCUUCCAGGGGACCAGUUUACCCGUCCCAAACCUGUAUACACAGUGGAGGAAUGUGGAAAAGAUUAUUACACUUGCAAGCUACAAUUGCCCAUUAACUGCCAGCUACGUGAAACCAUCUUGAGUCCACCAAUGCCGAGGAAGAACCUUGCCAAGAUGGCCGCAGCUCUUUAUGCCUGCGAAGAGCUUCACAAGAUGGGCGAAUUGGACGAUAACUUACUACCUGUGUGUUCAUCAUCAGACGAGGAAAGUGAGUCAGAGGAGGAAGAAAGUGAAUCUGGAGGGAAAAAGAAAACUAAAGCAGGAACGAAGAAAAGACGGCGACGUUAUGGGAGAAAGAUCCCUGAGGUAUUCAUCGGCAGCUUGGUGCAGAAGGGUCAGCCCCAUUUCCUCACGGUGAUCACCAUACGCAUCACCAAUCUCACCAGGCCCCAGGAGCUGGUUGUCAGCGAAGCAAUGUUCCGGGAUCACACUUGUAGGUUCGGCAUGCUGACAAAUAAACGUCUUCCAACGGUGCGACCAUUCAAACUCUAUCCUGAUUAUGGAGAAGUCACGGUAUCGCUAAGCUGCGAACAAUCUCCCACACCAUUAGCCAAGAACAAGGUAGACUUUGCUACUGUGCGCAAGUUUCACUGCCACCUCUUCACCCAAGUUCUACGCGUUCCUGUCGAAAUAAAACCUGAAAGCGCGGAUGGUUAUUUCAUCGUGCUGGUGAAGGGAGAAGACGGAAGGAGAAUUGACUUUGAUCGCAUGAGAGAAGAGCUUCAGAGGAAUGUCGCCAUUGAAGAAGACUUGGUGGUUAGAAAGAAUUACGUCAAAGAUCGGCAGCGAUAUGCUGUUUUAAUGGUACGGUUUGACCUCAAUCCAUUGUCACCGUUCCCGGACAAGUCCAAAGGCACAACUUAUGAGCAGUACUUCCGGCAAAUGUAUGGAGCAUGCGUCACAAACAUGGAACAGCCUCUCUUCGAAGCGAGAGAGAUUUCUGGUCGAGUGAAUUUCUUGGUGGACAGAAAACUAACAGGCAAAAGCAAACGCGAUGUUAUCCUUAUUCCAGANCUGGUGAAGGGAGAAGACGGAAGGAGAAUUGACUUUGAUCGCAUGAGAGAAGAGCUUCAGAGGAAUGUAGCCAUUGAAGAAGACGUGGUGGUUAGAAAGAAUUACGUUAAAGAUCGCCGACGAUAUGCUGUUUUAAUGGUACGGUUUGACCUUAAUCCAUUGUCACCGUUCCCGGACAAGUCCAAAGGCACAACUUAUGAGCAGUACUUCCGGCAAAAGUAUGGAGCAUGCGUCACAAACACGGAACAGCCUCUCUUCGAAGCGAGAGAGAUUUCUGGUCGAGUGAAUUUCUUGGUGAACAGAAAACCAACAGGCAAAAGCAAACGCGAUGUUAUUAUCCUUAUUCCAGAACUGUGUGACGUGUUACCAGUAUGUUCCUCUCUUCUCUGCGCGGCUCAGAUUCUGCCUUCAAUUCUUCAGCGUGUUAGCUCGCUUCUACUCGUUGCUGAUGUCAAAGCUAUGGUUGCUGGUGAGCGGGACGACAAAGAUGAAUCAAAUCUACCGUCAAUCGGUGCUGAUGAUGCUAACGAUGAAAAGAAAUUACUUGGUACUGAUCAACGCAGUGGAAGAGAAGACGAAUUCAUGGAAAUUGAAGAUGACGGCACAGACGAAGAGUUCCUGGGACUUUAUUCCGAUCUCAAGUCGAUGUUUCGUGGAAGCCGUGAGUCUGAUGAUCACCCUAACUCUGCCCUCGUCCUUCAGGCUCUGACCACCACCCACAGCGGAGAUGCGAUUAACCUUGAGAGGCUUGAGAUGCUCGGAGACGCAUUUUUAAAGCUUGCCGUGUCGCUUCAUCUCUUCUGCACCUACAAAGACAAAGACGAGGGAAAACUGACGCAUCGAAAGAAAAACCAGAUCAGUAAUUUGGCCCUGUUUCGUGCGGCGGCCAAGAAAUCCUUAGCUGAGUAUCUUCAAAGCACACAGCUCGCCCGUGAUGUGUGGUGCCCCACGGGAUGUCAGUUCGGCUAUAUUCCACAGGACAGCGACACCACCACAGCAGAUGCAGCAAUGGAGGUCGACAACGAAACAACCGGAGCUGGAGAGGUGGAAAUGGAAAUUGAUGACGUGCAAGAGCGGAGCGCUGCUUACAGAGCGAAUAGAAGGACGUUGAGGUCGGAGGUCGGCAAGGAAGUCUCCCAGGCGUCAGACACCAAGCAGGUGAACCUUGGUGGCAAUGGAGAGGAGAGAAAGUUAAAUGCUACUGAGCGUGCUCGCCAGAAAUGUAACACACAGACCAUAGGAGACAAGUCUGUAGCAGACAGUGUUGAAGCCCUCAUCGGAGCGUAUCUGAUAUCUUGUGGUUAUCUCGGUGCGCUUAAAUUCAUGAGCUUUCUCGGUCUUAAAGUUCUACCUGAAGGUGAUGCCCAUGACGAUUCUGAUCCGUUUGCAGAGAAUACCAGCCCGGGUUGUUACGCCAGAUUUUGGCCUGAUCAGACAAAUGCACCAAGACAACAGGAUAGAGGAGACCUGAUGUCUAGAAUGAUCGCUGGCUUGGAGAAUUUUGAAAAAGACUCCAUUAAGUACUCUUUCCACUCAAAACUACAUUUGCUAGAGGCCCUAACACACGCUUCUUAUCACCCAAAUCGCAUCACCACAUCUUAUCAGAGACUGGAGUUCCUUGGGGAUGCUCUAUUGGACUUCCUGGUCACGCAGCACUUGUACUUCCGUCACACCAAAUUAACACCCGGUCAGCUGACGGACAUUCGACAGGCCUUGGUGAAUAACAACAUCUUUGCAGCCAUUGCUGUCAAGAACGACUACCACAAGUAUCUCAAGCAGAUGUCUCCGCAGUGGUUCAAAACUGUGGAGAAUUUUAUAAACAGACUGGACGAUGAGGCUGAAGAGAAGAAAGAACAACAUGGUCACUCUCAUACGGUCACUACAGACCCAUUUAUAUUUGUCUCACAAGAAGACGAGGAAGGAAUUGAGGCGCCUAAAGUUCUGGGCGACAUCUUUGAAUCCGUGGCUGGUGCGGUGUUUUUGGACAGCGGCAUGGAUUUGACCAAGAUCUGGGGCGUGUAUUACCGCAUGAUGAAACCUUACAUUGAUCACUAUUCAGUGAACAUACCGCUCAAUCCCAUUAGGCGUGUUCAUGAGGAAGAUGAAAAUGCUGAUUUUGGUAAAGCGGAGAAGCUUCCCGAUGGAAAAAUCUCUUGUACGCUGCGCGUGCACUGGGGACAGUUCGUGGGUAAGGGAGCCAACUUCAAAAUAGCUAAAGCUACCGCUGCCAAGUUUGCAAUGAAGGCGCUGCUCGAAGAGAGAGCUUAG